AUGUCGACGUUCAACGUGUUAAGAUACUCUGCUCUCGGUGCUGGUCUCGUCUAUGGAGCCGUUCACAGAUACAACUUGGAGUCCGCUGUCAGUGAACAGCGCAAGGCCGAGGAAUGGAAGAAGAAGGAGAAGUUGAUCAAGCAGGCCAAGGCCGAGUACGCCAGAUUGCACGCUCCAAAGGAACAGCCUAACAGUGGUGCUUCGUUGUCGUUGAAGACGUUGGAGGACCCCAACUUGGACUUCGGCAAGGUUUUGGAGUCCUUGGUUCAGAAGUUGGAGUAA